AUGGCCACGUCAAGUCUAGAUCCCUCAACUGGCGAAAUGCUCAAGAGGCGAUUUUUCAGACGCUCACGGAAGGCCAAAGAGAAUGUGGACCACAUAGGGCUUACCCCCAACAUACAGACAUUCUACGAGGGGCCCAGCUUCGACGAGCAUAAUCCGACAUGGGUCGAUUACGCCCCGCCGACGCUCCCGCAGGCAAAAAAGAUCAAGCAAGAAGGCGCCGCUGUGCAGAUCUAUAAGAGGCGAAACGACGCGACGAAGCGGGAGGGCUUCUACAUCCAAAAGAUCCGCAUACAGAGCCCAUACAUCCGCGAGGCCCUCAAAGGGACAUUUGAAAAAUUCGGCAUCUAUUACGGCGACAACGUGUUCGCUGAGUCGACAACGCCGCAUCACGGGCUGUUCUUUGCGCUCGAUAAGAUUGCCGAGCUAUCCAAGACGGCCGACAGCGAGCCAAUGAGGAACCACUGCGAGCUGCUGUGCAACUGCGUUGAGGAGGUCUUUGAAGACACCCUUGACCAGCUCGAGAGUUUCGAGAAGGAACAGAAAAUCACAUACAAGCUUCUGUGGACAUUGUUCCCACCUGGAAGCAUCUUUGCAACACGGUCAGACUCGGGGCCUCCAAUGGCAUACCGUGUUAUGACGUAUACGCAGGACUACGAUCGGCUGAAGCUGUACGCCAAAGCCAUUGUCUUUGAUGGAUGCAGAUACGGUACCCUCACCUGGAUUCUCCGGAUUUAUUCGUUCGAUGGGGAGAGAGAUCACGACUCAAUCCCUGGCCUAUCGCAGGAUCAUGAACGAUUUGUCGUCGAUCCGUACCUCUACGCGAGGCGGUGUGAGAAGUGGAGUAUGGAGCCCCUUCCUGGGUAUGAUCAGGCCAGCACCGAUGAAGAUAUCGGCGACAAGAAGGUCGUUUUCUGGCGCUCCGGCUUCAGGAGGAGAAUGGAGAAACUAAAAUUAUACGAUGUCGAGAAGCUAUUCCCCGUCGAGAGCGACCAGAAAGUAUUUGAGCAGGUCGUUCUCGAUGAAGCGAAGAAGGACGCUGUGAAAACACUAGUGGAAAGCCACAAGAAAGCCAUGGUUAAGUAUGACGACCUAAUUCCUGGCCAAUGUCUCUUGAUCAUUCUAAGUGGUCCGCCUGGCACCGGCAAGACGUUGAUGGCAGAAGCUGUCGCCGAACAUCUCGCAUGUCCACUUCUCAGAGCCGAUUCCCACUACUUCCAGGCGAACAUGAUGGAGGAUAUCAAGGGCUAUAGCGCGAACCUAGGCCAAUUCCUAAAUGAUGCCACUGAAUGGGGCGGCAUCGUUCUCUUCGACGUUAAAAACAUCGACCCCGCCGUCAUAUCCCGGGCCCAGAUCCAUAUUCAGUUUCCCUCACUCACCGAGUCCAGCCGCCUCCAAGUCUGGGGUAACUUCUUGCGCCGGCUCCCCGAAGACGCCGGGACGAUCCCGCCAGACGACGUCAGAGAGCUCGCGAGAUGGAAGAUUAAUGGGCGGGAGAUUAAAAACAUACUCAAUAUGUCGGUUUCGUGGUGCAGAAGGAAGGAAGUCAAGCUGACUUUGGCGGUUAUUGAGAAUUUAUUGCAAACCAUUUGCACCUCGGCCAUGAAGGAGGAGGAACCUGCAAAUGCUAAAACUAAUGGGCACAGCGACGAGUUUUCUCUACUCGAUAUUUAG